CCAAAAAUUCAUACAAAUGACUCACACCCAAAGAUUCUUUUUCUCAUCACUAGAUUCAUUCAACUCAAAUUAUCCACUCUAAAAAACAAACAAAUAUGCAAGACUUUCAACAACAUUAUGACGAUGAUCAAAUAAUCAAAUUAACAUCUCCACUUAUUCAGAAGAACAAGAUUCAUGAUGAUGCAUCUAGCUCCCAGGCGCGUGAAGAGAACUCGCCAAUAGAGCAAGUGGCACUUACUGUCCCCAUAACAGACGACCCGGAUUUACCGGUGGUUACAUUCAGGUUAUGGAUACUAGGAACUUUGGCAUGUAUUUUACUGUCUUUUUUAAACCAGUUCUUUUGGUAUCGUCGAGAACCGUUAUCGAUAACUUCGAUAUCGGCUCAGAUCGCGGUCGUGCCACUUGGGCAUCUUAUGGCAGCCACGAUCACCGAUAAAGUGUUUUUCCGGGGUAAAGCGUAUGAAUUUACGCUUAACCCCGGACCAUUUAAUGUGAAAGAGCAUGUUUUGAUAACGAUUUUUGCGAAUUCGGGUGCUGGGAAUCCGUAUGCUAUUCAUAUUGUGAGUGCUGUUAAGAUAUUUUAUGGAAAGAUGUUGACUUUUUGGGUUGCUUUGAUAGUUGUGGUCACGACUCAGGUUUUGGGGUUUGGUUGGGCGGGGAUUUUUCGGAGGUAUUUGGUUGAGCCGGCCGCGAUGUGGUGGCCUCAAAAUCUCGUCCAAGUUUCGCUAUUCAGGGCAUUACAUGAGAAAGAGGCGAGACCAAAAGGAGGAUUGACUCGUAACGAGUUCUUUCUCAUUGCAUUUGUUUGUAGUUUUGCUUACUAUGUACUCCCGGGAUACCUUUUCCCAAUGCUUACUUCACUCUCUUGGAUAUGUUGGAUCUUUCCUAAAUCAGUAGUUGCCCAGCAAAUCGGGUCAGGGCUUCAUGGUCUUGGUCUUGGUACAAUUGGGUUUGAUUGGUCUAGUAUAUCGUCUUAUCUUGGUAGCCCACUUGCAAGCCCGUGGUUUGCUACUGUCAAUAUUGCUGUUGGGUAUGGUCUAGUUACUUAUGUAAUUACCCCUUUAGCAUACUGGUUUAAUGUUUAUGAAGCUAAAACAUUCCCAAUUUUCUCGGAUGAUCUGUUUACUUCCACGGGCCAGUCGUACAACACUUCUGCAAUUGUGGACUCGAAUUUCCACUUUGACUCCGAUGCUUAUGAGCAAGAAGGUCAAAUUUACCUCAGCAUAUUUUUUGCGAUGAAUUAUGCAGUUAGUUUUGCGUGUCUUACUGCUACAGUGGUUCAUGUAUUUGUCUUUCAUGGAAGGGAAUUAUGGCAGUUAAGCAAGUCAGCGUUUCAAGAAAAGAAAAUGGACGUGCAUAGUAAGCUUAUGAGACGCUACAAUCAAGUCCCUGAAUGGUGGUUCACCUGCAUUCUCUUGACAAACAUUGUAGCAACGUUAUUCGUGUGUGAAUAUUACAAAAGUCAGCUUCAGUUACCUUGGUGGGCGUUCUUGUUAGCUUGUGGAAUUGCAUUCUUUUUCACACUUCCUAUUGGUGUCAUCACUGCCACAACAAACCAGACACCUACCUUGAAUGUGAUAACUGAAUACAUCAUAGGAUACUUGUAUCCAGGAUACCCUGUGGCCAACAUGUGUUUUAAGGUUUACGGACACAUUAGUGUGAAACAAGGUAUCGCCUUUUUACAAGACUUCAAACUUGGACAUUACAUGAAAAUCCCCCCAAGAUCAAUGUUCAUGGCUCAGGUAUGUGGUACACUGAUAUCAGCACUAGUGCACUUAGGAACUGCAUGGUGGCUCAUGGACACGGUCCCAAAUAUUUGUGAGCGGGCUUUGCUCCCCCCGGGCAGCCCGUGGACCUGCCCAGGUGACCAUGUUUUCUAUGACGCCUCAGUCAUUUGGGGUUUAAUUGGACCCCGGCGGAUCUUUGGUGAUUUGGGCUACUACAACUCAAUAAACUGGUUCUUUUUAGCAGGGGCAUUGGCUCCUAUCUUUGUUUGGCUAUUACAUAAAGCAUUUCCAAGUCAAAACUGGAUUACACUCAUCACAACACCAGUUCUGUUAGGUGCAACAAUCAAUAUGCCCCCUGCUACUUCUGUGAAUUAUAACAGUUGGAUUAUUAUUGGCUUUUUGUCGGGUUUUGUGGCAUAUAGGUACCAUCAUAAUUGGUGGGGUCGUCAUAAUUACGUGUUGUCGGGUGCUUUAGAUGCAGGAUUGGCAUUUAUGGGGGUAUUGCUGUAUGUUAGUCUGGACAUGGAAGGAGUUAGUUUAGAUUGGUGGGGAAGUAAACCCGAUGGUUGUUCAUUAGCUUCUUGUCCUACUGCUGCAGGUAUAGUGGUUGAUGGAUGCCCAAUUGUAUGAUGUAUAACAUUGUAAGAAUAUGUAGGUUUAUCUUCUUGUUUCUCAUUGUUAAAUUAUAUAUGUUAUUUUUUCGCAAAGGAAGUUGAAGUGUGAUUUUUGUGUAAAUAAUAUAUAAACUCAUAAAGCCGUGUGAAUUCGUGUUUAA